GACUUUCGGACACUGAAUAGUUUUGAGCGAUGACAUGAUUGCUUCAUUCGUACACACGAGAGCUGUAGGGCUGUCGGAAUGAAACCUGCGAGCGUUAGGCGACGGGGCUUAUGAUUGGAUUUUGUCCGCUGGGAUUCUUUGCGGGGCGUUAAUAUUCCAUUUGAUUGUAGGAGGAAUUUUUCUCAGAGAGUUUGACUGAUUCCGAAUAUUCCGGUCUGUGGGUUGGGUCGACCAGCCCGGGCAGUGAAGUGGUUCUUGAUUUGGGCGAGAGUAGAAUUGAAGAGGCAGCUGUUGAUGUGGGAGUGCGUGGAUUUAGAGGAAUGGCGAGAGGCUCGUUGCUGGUGGCAGAUUAGCUGAGGAUGGGGAUUGAUGGAACUUUGUUCUGGAAAUUCGACACUGAUGCCGCUUGACUUUUCCAGCCCCACCGUAUUUUAUUCACAUGGUUUGACGAGGUACUUCUGACCAGCUUCUCCACAGAAGCUGACGUGUUCGUUUGUUCGUUUUUUCAAGGCGGUAUCAAUGUGCGGGGAGCAGCAUCGAGUGGUUUCUCGCGCGGGCGAAUGUUUUCUUAGGCGGACGAUUGUUCAGAGUACUAGAGAGUCAUGUGAGCUGCAGAGAAAUCGUCAGUAGCGUAUUUUUAGUGUGUACUUCUAUCGUAGAUGUUCUCUGACCCAUCUGAAGCUCAAGAGGAGGAUUGAGGUCCGCGGUUCAGUGGCGAUCGGUGCCUUCCGACUUUUUUCGUUCUUGAAAGCGGAGGAAAGGGAAGGCAGAGGGGAAGUCUUGCCUUGAUUUGCAAUGUUCUUCUUUCUUGUUUCGUAAAUCGGAUUUGAGGAGUCAGUCGAAGGCUUGAAUCUGCGCGUGUGGAGCUCUGGGGGAAAUUGACAGGGGCAUUUGUCUGAGAAGGGAAAGAUGGCAGAUGUAGUAGCAGCACGUCAGCAACUGCUGGAGGUAAAUAAGGCGACGGUGAUGUAUUCGGACUGGGAGCUGGCUUACGAUUUGCAGUUGGAGGAGGCAAUGGCUGCAUCGGCUAUGGAUGUCCCUCCUGUCAAAUCACAAAUUCGUGAGGGUAAACGUCCCGUGGAGGAGAGCUUUGUACAAGAGACGUUGCCGAAGAACUCAUUAGAUAAAACUACUCUCGAUGUAAGGGAUCGCUUUUCCGCAUUGGGGUUUCAGAGUGCGGAAUUGCAGAUACUUGAGGAAAUCCUUGGAGAUCAGAAAAAGGCGGCUAAAGAGGCGCAGGAUUUGAUACAAGAGUUUCGGAUGAGGAGUCACGAUAGGCAAUUCGCAAAGUCAGUGGAUGAGAUGCCCGAUACGGAAUGGGAGGAAGAAGGGGAUAUCUAUGAGGAGCCAUUCCACGGACUUGACGAUGACUAUUGGGAUGAAAAUCAGGUCUGUAAGUUGUAUACUGGCAGGGCGAGGGAAGAACCAGGGCAUGUGGCAAUGGCUUGGUCUUUGAGGGAUGCCGAAGGCCAUGUGCUGGUCGAAUCAGGCAAAUAUCUGGGGAUGGGAACCGCAGCCUAUGUCGCCGAGUAUACAGCACUUAUUGAAGGCCUUUCUUACGCUGUGGCAGCUGGUGUGAAGAACAUACAAGCACGUACGUUCUCUCACCCGGUGUUUAAUCAGGUUUCUGGUCUAUGGAAAGCCCGUGCUCCAAAACAUAUAAAGUUGUUGGAAGAAGUGUUUGAACAUACGAAGCAGUUGAAGGUUUUCAACAUAAGGCUGACGUCCAGACGCACUGUUGAGAAUCUAGCACAUGAUGCUAUUCGGAAGCACGUUACACAGGGGCCGAAGGAUAUCAAGAGGCUAAAGCCCUCGUCAUCCGGAUUCGUUACUACUCCAGAGGAAACGGAUAUGAUAGAUUGUCCCGUAUGCCUUGAGAAUGUUCGAGAAGCUGACACCUUCGUGGUCCAAGAGUGCCUUCAUCGGUUUUGUGUGAGUUGCUUGACCCAACAUGUUCAGAUUCGCGUCAAGAGCAACCAGGUGCCCGUAAAAUGUCCUCAAGAUUGUUCUCGCUUGGUGGACGUCGAACAAUGUAGGAAUUUUCUUCCUCCUGAUUUAGUGGAAUUAUACACGAAAUCUUUGAUAGAAGCCAGCAUUCCCGAAUCAGAAAGAGUUUACUGCCCCUUUACCAAUUGUUCAGCUUUAAUGUCCAAAGGUGAUCUGAAUCCUUCCUCCAGGCCAAGCUCUUCCAGGCCAAGCUCUUCCAGACAACCCAAAUCAUUCGCAAUUGGGCAGGUCGAAUGCAUGGAGUGUCAUCGGCUCUUCUGUGUGGAAUGCCAAGUUCCUUGGCAUGCAGACAUGUCUUGUGAGGACUAUAACAACCUCCCUCCAGAUGGAAGAGCUGCAGAGGACAUCAAACUUUACAAACUUGCAAGUAAUAAGAACUGGCAGCGAUGUACGAAGUGUCGUCGCAUGAUCGAGCUGGACCAAGGUUGCUAUCACAUGACUUGCAGAUGUGGGCAUGAAUUUUGUUACAAGUGUGGAGCUCCGUGGGUGGACAAACACGCAACCUGCAAGUGCAAGCUGUGGGAUGAGGAGCAUAUUGUAGGGGAUCCAUUUUCCUCCGAUUCAGAAAUUGAUGCUAAUUCAGAAUCUGACGUAGACUCGGUCUUCGAUGACGACGGUUUAUUUCCUCGUCGCCGGCCAUUUAAUCCACUUGCAGUAAGUGAACUUUUAUAUAAGACAAAGCUUUGUAGAUACUGGAUGUCGGGGAACUGCCGAUUAGGACAGCACUGUAAAUUUGCCCAUGGAGAACAUGAACUACGAUAUUUGUAAAUAUUGGAUCUCAAGAAGGAUCCAUGAAGAUUUUGUAGGUGUGAGGGAUGUCAAUCGAGCUGAUGUAGGUGGCCUUUGGUGGCUGUAUAUAGUUUUGGAAAUUUUAGGUGUGAGAAACCGUAGGAAGUUCAGCUUGUAAUGUGUGAAUGUAAGAAGUUCUGGCAAGUGCGGAAAUGCUUGAAUUUUGUGAUGGCAUUUUCACAACUCCAUGUUAUUGUAAAGAUCGAUACAGACACUGGAUUAUUGAAAUGUCUUGAUAUACU